CAUUGUCAUCAUCAUCAUCGGCUUAUGUUUGAUGCAAAAGUUUUUCCAUUAUCACUGAUGAAUUGAAUCAGUUGUCUGUAAAAUUUCGAAAUUUGAUCUAUAUGAUUUUUCAGAAAAACAUAUGGUAUUGAUAAAACAUUGAAAUAAUUGUCAAUCAAACAUUGAAUUCGUUCGUUCGUUCAUCCGUAGUCGGUUCUUGUAUAUUUCAAAUCAAAAAAAAAAAAAAAUUGAUUUUUCUGUUACAACAACCACAAAAUCUCUUUUCAUAUCUAUUCUCGUUAAUCGAUUUUUGUUAUCAUAUAAUCAAAUCGUGGACACUUGAGACUUUAAUCUAGGUUAUUGUAACAAAGUCCAAGAGUUUUUUUUCAUCAUCCUACUUACAAAUAAAAUUGACAUCCAAAAAAUCAUCGUCAUCAUCGCAUCAUUAUCAUCAUUGAAUAGGGAAACGAAACGAAACGAAAAGAAAAAAAAAAAGAAAUGCAAAAAACUGGCUGGAUUCUAAUCACUGUUGGUAUAUUGACCGUUAUCGUUGUUUCAACCGUUCUGAUAGUGAAAAAAACAUCAAACAAACCAAACAAACCUGAUUGUCCAUAUUGUCCAGGAUCAACAUCAAAACUAGGUGAAUUAUGUACAAAAUCUGAAGUGCAUUCAUAUACAAAAUAUGCCGUUUCAACUGAUUCAAAUGUUUGUGCAAAUGCAGGAAAAGAAAUUCUUGACGAAGAUGGUAAUGCUGUUGAUGCCGCAAUAGCCGUUCUAUUAUGUAUGGGUGUAACGAUUCCCGAAUCAAUGGGACUUGGUGGUGGUUCAAUGAUUAUCAUUUACAAUAAAACCAGUGAUUAUGCCAGGUUUGUGAAUGCACGUGAAAUGGCACCGGCAGCAGCAUAUCGUGAUAUGUAUAAUUCAACAAAAAGUGAUGCACAAUAUAGUAGCUCUGCGUUGGGUCUACAAGCAAUUGGCGUACCUGGUGAAUUAGCUGGAUAUUGGCAUAUGUAUCGAAAUUAUGGAUCUGGAAAUAUCUCAUGGGAAAGAUUAUUUAAAGAUGCAAUCAAUUUUGCUGAAAAUGGAUUUACUGUUGGCAAUCAUCUUGAGGAAGCAAUGUCGCAAAGGCGCAAUUUCAUAAUGGAACAUGAACAUUUGAAAAAUGUUUAUGUUAAUCCUAAAACAGAAGAUUUAUAUAAACAUGGAGAAAUUUUCAGACAACCGCAGCUAGCUGAAACAUUACGAAAUCUAUCGUUGGCUCAAGAUCCUCAUCAAUAUUUUUAUGAAGAAAUAGCAGCAAAAAUUCUUUAUGAUUUAUAUGAACAAAAUGAUUUUCCUAACCAAAAACCAAUAUUAACAGCCAAAGAUUUUGCCAGCUAUGAAAUCAUCGAAGAAGAGGCAUAUUCAUUCGAUAUAAAAGAUGGUAUUAAACUUCAUACGAAUAAACUUCCAGGAAGUGGUGCUGUAUUAUCAUUCAUUCUAAGAAUUAUGUUGCAUCCAAAAUUUCAUCAUCUUUAUCCUAAUGCUAAAAAUGAUUAUAAUGAAGCUGUAUUAUUUUAUCAUCGAUUAAUGGAAGCAUAUAAAUUUGCUUAUUCACGAAGAAUGUAUCUUGGUGAUGAUCGUUUUGAUAAUUGUACAAAUGUUUUAUCACAAUUAACAUCAAAAGAUUAUAUUGAUAAAAUUGUAGAGAAAAUUAAUGAUGCAACUACUUAUCCAAGUAAAUCAGGCUUCUAUGAUGUUGAUAGUUUUCAAGAAUUAGAUCAUGGAACAGCACAUGUAUCAGUUUUGGAUAAACAUGGUAAUGCCGUUGCAGCAUCUACAACGGUAAAUCUUUAUUUUGGUAGCAAAGUCAUUUCACCAUCAACCGGUUUAAUUUUAAAUGAUCAAAUGGAUGAUUUUAAUACGGGCAAAACGAAUGCAUUCGAUUUACCACCAGCAUUUGCAAAUACUGUUGCAGCUGGUAAACGGCCAUUAUCAUCAAUGUCACCAUCAGUAUUUGUGGAUGAAACCGGUCCACGAUUAAUAAUUGGUGCUAGUGGUGGUUCAAAAAUCACAACAGCUGUUGCAUUAGUAUCAUUGAGAAAUUUAUGGAUGAAUGAUGAUAUUAAAUUGGCCAUCGAUUCUGCACGUGUACAUCAUCAAUUAUUUCCAACAAAUGUUGAAAAUGAAGCCUGUUUUCCAACAAAUAUUCUGGAUUCAUUGAAAGAAAAAAAUCAUCAAAUCAAACAAAUUGAAGAUGGUGAUCGUGGUGCAAUUGUAAUGGCUAUUAGUCGUUUAAAAAAUGGUACAAUACGUGCAAAUUCAGAUUGGCGUAAAGGUGGUACUAUUGCCGGUGUUUAGAACAUUUUUU